UGCAUCAGUUGUCGGCGCAUGCGCGUUGUGGCUCUGAUCAGGCUGAGCAUUCCAGGGGGCUGCUGCUGUCACCUCACUUGAAAAAAUGGAGGCGCCCCAAGAGCAGCAGAUUGUAGCUGCUGAAGAGAAAAAGAAAGAGCCAGGAAAGAAGAAAAGCAAGGAUGGAACUGGCAAUGGUGGCUGCUCAGAGCUGAGUCCUUGGCCAGACUACAUUAACCAGCGCCUUGAAGUGUACCAUAAACUUAAAGCCGAGCAUGAGGCCCUUUUGGCAGAACGAGCUGCUAAAGAAAGCCAGCCCAUUAAAGUUACCUUACCAGAUGGCAAACAAGUUGAUGCUGAGUCCUGGAAGACAACGCCAUACCAAAUUGCCUGUGGCAUCAGUCAAGGUUUAGCAGACAACACUGUGAUUGCUCGAGUGAACAAAGUGGUAUGGGAUCUAGAUCGUCCUUUGGAACACGAUUGUACCUUGGAACUACUAAAGUUUGAUGAUGAAGAUGCACAAGCGGUAUAUUGGCAUUCAAGUGCCCACAUAAUGGGCGAAGCCAUGGAAAGAAUAUAUGGUGGUUGUUUGUGUUAUGGUCCACCAAUAGAGAAUGGAUUUUAUUAUGAUAUGUUCUUGGAAGAUGGGGGUGUCUCUAGCAAUGAUUUUCCUGCUCUAGAGUCAUUGUGCAAGAAAAUUAUGAAGGAGAAGCAAGUUUUUGAGCGACUAGAAGUUAAGAAGGAAACUUUACUUGAAAUGUUUAAGUACAACAAGUUCAAAUGUCGGAUCUUGAAUGAAAAGGUCACAACGCCAACCACUACUGUGUACAGGUGUGGCCCUUUGAUUGAUCUUUGCAGGGGACCUCAUGUAAGACAUACUGGUAAAAUAAAGGCAUUAAAAAUCCAUAAGAAUUCCUCAACAUAUUGGGAAGGGAAAUCUGAUAUGGAAAGCUUGCAGAGGAUUUAUGGAAUUUCAUUCCCAGAUGCAAAAAUGCUAAAAGACUGGGAGAAGUUCCAAGAGGAGGCAAAGAACAGAGAUCACAGAAAAAUUGGACGGGAUCAAGAAUUAUUUUUCUUCCAUGAACUCAGUCCUGGUAGCUGUUUUUUCCUACCGAAGGGAGCUUAUAUUUAUAAUACACUUAUAGAAUUCAUCAGGAGUGAAUAUCGAAAGCGGGGAUUCCAGGAGGUUGUUUCUCCAAAUGUCUACAACAGCAAACUUUGGGUGACAUCAGGACAUUGGCAGCAUUACAGUGACAACAUGUUUUCCUUUGAGGUGGAGAAAGAACUCUUUGCUCUGAAGCCAAUGAACUGCCCUGGACAUUGCCUUAUGUUUGAUCACCGGCCAAGAUCUUGGAGGGAGCUGCCAUUGCGACUGGCUGACUUUGGAGUUCUCCAUCGUAAUGAACUGUCAGGGACCCUUACAGGACUCACCAGAGUGAGGCGGUUCCAGCAGGACGAUGCACAUAUAUUCUGUGCCAUGGAACAGAUUGAAGAGGAGAUAAAAAACUGUCUGGAAUUCUUGCGUACCGUGUAUGAUGUGUUUGGCUUUUCCUUCAAACUCAAUCUCUCCACCCGUCCUGAAAAGUUCCUUGGAGACAUUGAAGUGUGGAAUCAAGCUGAAAAGCAACUUGAAAAUAGCCUAAAUGACUUUGGUGAAAAAUGGGAAUUGAAUCCUGGGGAUGGUGCUUUCUAUGGACCGAAGAUUGACAUUCAGAUUAAAGAUGCCAUUGGACGCUACCAUCAGUGUGCUACAAUCCAGCUGGAUUUCCAGCUUCCAAUAAGAUUUAAUCUCACAUAUGUAAGCCAUGAUGGCAAUGACAAAAAAAGGCCAGUCAUAAUACACCGUGCCAUCUUGGGAUCUGUGGAGAGGAUGAUUGCUAUCCUGACAGAAAACUAUGGCGGCAAAUGGCCACUCUGGUUAUCUCCUCAGCAGGUGAUGGUGGUACCAGUUGGACCAACAUGUGAUGAAUAUGCGCAAAAGGUGAAGCAGCAGUUCCAUGAUGCUGGGUUAAUGGUAGAUAUUGAUGUGGACCCUGGCUGCACACUGAACAAGAAGAUAAGAAAUGCUCAGAUUGCACAGUACAACUUUAUUUUAGUUAUUGGUGAAAAAGAGAAGGCAAGUGGAACAGUUAAUAUCCGCACCAGAGACAACAAGGUUCAUGGUGAACGCACGGUAGCUGAAACUGUGGAGAGGCUGCAGCAAUUGAAGUGUUCACGCUGCAAAAAUGCUGAAGAGGAGUUUUAACCAAGACCUUGGUUCUCCACAUUAGGCUAGUGUUAUAGCUGGAUCCUUUUCCACUUUAAUUAUUAGCCUUGCUGGACAGUAAUCUCAUCUUAGCACUGUAUUGUACUGGAAAUUGAAUUUUACCCAGUCCCCUGCUGUUUUAUAUGUUCUCAAAUUAAGUAGAGGUCAAAUUCAGAGUCCAUUUUGUAUAAUUAAUGUAGUUGUUUUGCUUGCAAAUGAAUGGAAGCUUGUGAAGAUGUUGGAAUUGGGCUUCGAAAUAUGGGUAGAAAUUCUGCAGUCCUCCAAAUGUUGAACUGCAACUCCCAGCAGCCUAACCACCUUCUAUAAUGAUGAAGAAUGCUAAGAUUUGCAGCUCAGUAGCAUGUGGAGGGCAAUGUAGUUCCCACCCCUACUUUACAAGAACCAAUGGAACAAUGAAAUGUUUAAUCAGGGAUUGAAAUAACACUGUAGCAACUAAUGUUUUUUCAUCUCUUCACAAAAUAAAUUUGUAAGAAAAUGCCUUCUAAAGUUCAACAAGAUGUUGCUUGAAAUCAGUGCACAAAUCUUUUUUCCCCCUGUUUCUUUUAAUUGUCAAUUUCAUUCUCACAAUUAGAUUGCGAAUAUCUCUUGGGA